AUGAGUGCCUCCUCUGCAGCCAAGGGAUCUGAUCAAUCCCUAUCUCAGCUUGUCAAGCCCCCUGCCACAGCCCACGCUCUUGUUCCCAACACCCCCCUCGCCAACUGCAUCGCUUUUGUUCACGCCUCGCUCUUCUCCCCGGCUCUCUCUACCUGGUGCCAGGCCCUUGACUCCGGCCAUCUUACGACUUUUCCAGACCUUUCCUCCCGCCAGGUCCGCAAGUACCCACCCAGCUCCCCCGUGAUGAUCAAAGGUCACCUCGAUCAACAACGAGCGAACCUACGCUCCACCAAGCUUUUCCCCGUCGUUCCUCCAACAACCACGACACCUCCAGCCGAUCCUGAGCCCGACCUUGAUCCUCCCGCAACCCACCCCAUCGCACGCACACACCAUGUCUUUGUUGCCCACCAACGGGUCACCGGUCAGAUCUACACCGACCAACCGGGCCGCUUUCUCACUCCCUCCAGUGCCGGCCACAACAACAUGCUCGUCCUUUACGAUUACGACAGCAACGCUAUCCACGUCGAACUCAUGAAGAACAAGUCCGGCCCCGAGAUUCUGGCCGCCUAUCAACGCGCUCAUUCUCUUUUCACCCAGCGCGGCCUCCGUCCUCAACUCCAACCCGAACGAGCCAUCCGGACCUUCAAGAACCACUUUAUUGCUGGCCUUUGCACCACAAACCCGGAUUUUCCACUGCAUCUCUGGGACCGCCUUCUCCCCCAGGCCCUUAUCACCCUCAAUCUCCUUCGUCGGUCCCGCAUCAAUCCCAAGCUGUCCGCCCACGCCCAGCUUCAUGGUGCUUUCGACUACAACCGCACCCCGCUUGCUCCUCCCGGUACUCGCGUCCUAGUCCACGUCAAGCCGUCCGUCCGCGAAAUGUGGGCCCCCCAUGCUGUCGAAGGUUGGUACCUUGGCCCCGCCCUGAACCAUUACCGUUGCCACCGCGUCUGGAUCACCGAAACACGUGCCGAACGUGUUGCUGACACCCUUUCCUGCUUCCCGACCCGCAUUCCCAUGCCCGCCGCUUCGUCCACCGACCGCGCCCUGGCCGCCGCCCGUGACCUAGUCCAUGCCCUCCAGAAUCCUUCCCCUGCGUCUCCGUUCGCCCCCCUUGAUGCCACCCAGUACCAGGCCCUCACCGACCUUGCCAAUCUCUUUGCCACCGUAACCGCCCCGGCCGAUGACGUCCUUGCACCCGCUCCAUUGCCUCCGGUCCGUCCUCCUGCCCCAGCAACUCCCCUUGCUCAAGUCCGUUUUGCCGUUCCUCUUGUCACGGCCGAACAUGCCCCCGCACUACCGAGGCACUUCCGAGGGUGCCCACCACGGCCACCUAUCACUCUCGCACCGGCAACCCCGGCCGUCGCCGCCGCAAAGAGCGCACCCAACCGACAACCCCAACCCUAG